GCGGCGUGCCGUAGCCAAUCAGAGGAUUGUUUUUCUGUCACGUCGGUGCACGGAUAGUAAGCUAACGGAUAAUGCAAACAUAAACUAAUAUAAAGAACGCGGAUUGUCGCUUAAGGCGAUAAAGCACGGGGAGGUUUGAUUAUUUGGACCGAGUCUUUCGUACUGGACUUUUAUUCGUGAGGAUGUGGUGCAGCCAUUACCGUGAAGACACGCGAACUGGGUGAAGUAAGCUAACUACCGUUAGCACUAGCCCGCUAUUUUUUAACGGCGAGCAAGGCCGCGGAGAAAUACAAGAGCUGCUUCCUGUUCCAGCUCCAUUGAGAAUGUAGGUUACGUUACGAUAUGAGUUACAAAACCACAACGGUUGUCUGAGUAGCUAGUCCUGUGGUGUAAUCGGUCGCAUUUUAAGUUUGUUUCUGUUGAGCUUGCGGGCUACCUAGCGUGUUAGCUAUUUGGCUAGGUAGCUAGCAUGAGUGAACUGACGGACUGCAAACAGUCCGCUGACUCCGCAUCGAGGAAACGGUGUCCAUCGCCCGACCGCGAUGAAGUCGUCCCCAGCAAGUCCACAAAAGUGAAUGACGCAUCAAACGAAGCGGGGGUGACUUCGAAAAGUUGCAAAGACAGUGAAGCUGAGAGCAACGUGAAGGAAACAACUGGGAGCGAGGGCCAGUCGAAAGACAGUGAGAAGAAACCAGCUGCUGUGAGAACGGACCAGGGUUCAGAUGGCACCUGUGUCAACACCUCCAGUGCUGGCGACCACGAUGCCAGCAACUCUGAAAAGCCACAGUCCUCAGAUGCACGGGGAUCAUCUGCUGCUAAGGCAGCUCCAGAGAAACCAGCCGGAACAAAACUGCGUGCUUCAACUCCUCUGGAUCAGUCCGACUCAGCAGCCAUAGCAGCUGCUGAAGCUCUUGCCAGUCUCACAGGAGGAGAUGGGGACGACAGUCAAGAGACUCCUUGCUCAUCAGAAAAGGCUAAACAGGUGAAACCGGGGAGCAGAUUCAAGCAACGAGGGGCCCAUCAGUCUGCGAGAGCAGGCUUCAAAACGCAGGCAGCUGCUGCAGACAGCUCCACAUCUGUGCAUAGUACUGAUAGGGAAGAUGCAGAUGAGAUGCCAGAAGCGGAUGAAGGUGAUGAAUCCAUAUCGGGAUCAUCGUCCACUCCGAGCUCCUCGUUCCCAUCAGACAAUGAGGACAAUGAUGAUGGGGAGUGUGCCAUUGUGUCAGUUAAGAUGGCCCCAGAGAUGAGGCAGUCGGUGGCUCUCCUGGCACAGGUACAAAUGAGACUGGAAGCGCUUGAGAAGAAAAGCGCGCGGCUUCACCAGCGGCUGGAGCUGAAGAUUAGUCGCCAGCGGCGUCCACAUCUUGAUCAGCGCAGCUCGAUCGCUAAAACCAUCCCUGGCUUCUGGGUUACAGCUCUGUUGAACCAUCCUCACCUCUCAGCUCACAUUGACGAGACAGAUGAAGACGCUCUCAGUUACAUGACUGAUCUCGAGAUCGAGUCCUUCAAGAAUAAUAAACUCGGCUACAGGAUCCGUUUCCACUUCAGACGGAACCCAUACUUCCAGAACAACAUCAUUAUGAAGGAGCUCCACCUCGGGAUGGGAGGAUCUCCCAUGUCAUUCUCCAACCCAAUCCUGUGGCACCGUGGACAGAACCUGACGGCCCACAGCGAGCCCAGGAAAACGUCGCGCGGGGUCUACCAGACCUUUUUCAGCUGGUUCAGUGACCAUAGCAACCCAGGUCAAGAUGAUGUAGCACAGAUUCUUAAGGACGACCUGUAUAGAGACCCUCUGAGAUACUACCUCACUCCACUCUGGGAACCGAGAGAGAACGGCAGCGGUGGCAGCGGGGCCAGAGCAGCAGACAACGGUAAUGGAGAUGACUGUGUGGUGAUCUCCGACUCGGAUGAUGAGCCUGGAGAGGAAGCUGGCGAGGCCGAACAAGGUCACAGCAGGGAGGAGGAAGAGGACGACGAAGAGGUGGAGGAGGAAGAAGAGGAAGAAGAAGAAGUAGAAGAAGAAGAGGAAGAGAGGGUGCCAAGUGCUGGCUCCGACGACAGCGAGCAGGACGAGGAGGAGGCCUGAAGAAGAGGAGGAGGUUUAAUCGAUGAAGAUGGUGAAGUCAUCAAGGGACCAGAGACCAGGACGAUGAAGAGGAUGCCCAAGCUGGCAGAUAGUACCAGAGCAAUUUAUUGUGAUUUUUAUGCACAGAAUAUUGGUUUGUGUUGUUUUUAUACCUAAAAUAAAUAGAAAUAUGUAAAAAUGAAAAAAAAGAGAUAAAGUAAAAAAUCAGGGUUAACCAUAAUAAUAAAGCCAAGGCAGCAUGUUUUCCCCUUCUAUUUUUUAACAGUCGGUACUGUGUAUUCUGAUGUACUCACCUUUUGCAGAAUGGUUUUCUAAACAGUUUAGGCAAAUAAUGCUCAGCUGAUACAAGUAGUCUUCAUCACACGACGGCCUAAACACUAAAAACGUUGGUGAGAUUUUGAUCGAUGAUUUAAAACAUUUUGCGCAGGAAAUUCUCCAGAUGUUUGAUGUAAAGACCCUUCAGUGGCGUUAUUAGUGACCAGGACGGAUUUUUAGCUGUUUUUAGAAUCAUCGUGGCAAACAUCAACACAACCCGAAAUUGAUAUCAAGACAGUACAUUUCAGAUGCACUGAGUACUGAACCAAAAUUUGUUCUCAGGGAUGAUCAUGGUGGUAGUUUUCUGGAAAGAGCAUUACCGGUUUUCAGUCAUUCACACUCUCUGGUUGUUGUUGGCUGUGUAAAAGGAAACGUGUACUCUACUGUAGUAAAUAGGAACAAAUAUUGUUUUAAUAUGCUACCUGUGUUUCUCCUCCGUCACCUAUGUGUUCAGUCUUGUUUCACACCGACGUCCACCCCCGUUAACAUCCUGUAAAACCAUCUCUGAUCUUUUUGAAAUCAUCGCGUAGUUUUACCAACGUUCCGUGGAUUCCUACGUUCUUUUUUUUUUUUUUUGUAACGCACUCCUACAACAAGUAGCUGAGUUUUGUACCUUCUUUUCUUUAGAACUUAACUUAAUUUUGCUUUGUUUUGUUUUAAGAUUCUUUUUUUUUGUUAUUGUUUUUAAAGAAAAAGGUAUUUAUUACAUUGUCUUUCUGUUCUUUACGUCUGCACCACGGCAUGCCUGUGAGCAUGAAAUGUAAGGCGGGAUGAUUACGGUAAACUUCCGAGGCUUUUUUCUUUUUCUUUUUUUUUCCCCUGUGCACAGUGUCAGUAAAUGUAAAUGUCGAGUGCACAGCAGCAUAAUGGGGUGCACUGUAACAAAAUUUUAGUAUUUGUAUUUGCUUACUUUUCUUAGCAAUGACCUGUAAAUAAUACUUCAGCGUUUGUCUUUUCGGAUGACACGAGCACACGUGUGUAACCCAUGGAUAAAUUUAUCAAGGUAAUCUGGAGUUUUUUCAUAAACAUGAUCAGAAAGUUAUAUUUUGUGUGCUGUGUUUUAUAGAACACUGUAGUUUAAAGAUACCUACUUGUUGGUUGCUUUGGUUAAUUUUGUUUGCUUUAAGAUAAAUGUCCACCUUUUGACUCAGACCUAAUAAAAUGGGCAGUUGUUUCA